AUGCGAGAUACACUUGAUACUUUUCGACCGGAUAGUACUAGAGAGGAUGUCUUGCGAUGGGUGGAUGAUGUGCAUGGAGUCUUCUCUGUUCGGAAUGCUUGGGAGUCUAUUCGACUUCGUUUCCCUAGUGUGACUUGGUAUCACAUUGUAUGGUUUCCUAAGUAUAUUCCCCGUCAUGCAUUUAUCCUUUGGCUAGCAAUUCAGGGUGGCCUUUAUACACAGACAAAGCUGUUUUGCUUUGGUUUGGUACAGUAUAUACGUUGUGUGUUGUGUGGAUGUUCGGAGGAGGACUUGGAUCAUCUUUUCUUUGCUUGCCCAUUUUCUGAGCGUGUUUGGCCUGUCUUGGGUUCAACGGAGUUGGUAACGGAGUUGGGCAGAUACUCUUUCUUGGAGGGAGCAGCGUCGUGGGAGGGCAUUGCGGAUAAUUUUCUUUUUCUUAAGUCAUGUGCAUGCGUACUUGAUCGAAACGGCGUGCAUGCAGAUAUUUCAAUUGCUACCACAGUUGCAGAAGGGACUAUCAAGAAUGCAUACAAGGAUCUGUAUCCGCAUGCUGCAAAAAUAAUACCAGACUGGUAUGCGAAGGAAAGGGAUCUCAAGAAUCUCUCAAGUCCUAAAUCCUAA